ACUUGGAAAUUUGCGCCCCGAAGGACAGUUCUUCAGUCCGCGUUGAGAUGAGAGGUUUUACGCUGAACAGUGUCUGCCAGUGGGGCUUAUUCACGUACCUGGUCUUAUUUUCUGUCAUGACUUUCACUUCUGCUGUUAGUUUCGACCUAACUGAGCUUAGGAAUAAAGUCGCAAAAAUCAAAGUGAAUCCAAGAGGAAAUCUUUGGGCUACGGGACAUUUCAUGGGUAAGAAGAGUGUGAUGGACACCCCCCUGCUGCCUUCAGCUGAGGACCAGGGUGUCGGCGCGCUGGAAGUCACUGUUCCGGCGGAGCAGAACGCGCUCGGGGAGCUUUUCCAAGAGUUUCUGCGGGUGGCGUUGCAAGCGCAGGUGGAUACGCAAGAGAGUCGCUCGAAAAAUCAGGAGUCCGACUUGUUGAUGAAGAUUUUAGAAAACUACAUCCAAAGCAGAAAGUGAUGCAGGGGAUGAAACUCUGGCACCUGUGAUCCCAGGUCACCUGGCCUCAUGGAUUAAAAUAAAUAAAUGAGAAAACAGU